UUCCUGGCCGUGUCGCAUGUGGUCGACCUGUACCACGUGUUGUCACGAUCGUCGCUAUGGUGUGCGUGUCGACCCCGGCAGUGUGUGAUCAGCAUGGGGAACAGUGAGGCACCACCCAGAGGAGCAUGGUGUCCUUGACUUACUGCAUGAUUACUUAUCUUCUACUUCAUUGCACACUUAACCUGAGACAAUGGGAUUCUGCGCCAGCUUUGGACAGUGUAUCCUUGUUUUACUGAAUGUCGUGUUUCUGUUGAUAUCCCUGGUACUAAUCGUUGCUGGCGUCAUCUUGAAGUUCUUCCCAGGGACUUUCAUGAAGUUCCUGUUUGAAGGCUUGAAAGCAACUGUACCAUUCAAGCUUCCGACCGGAUCAAAUGACCUUGACAUUGUACCUCUGGUAGAUGAAAUCGGCCUCGCUUUGAUCAUCAUAGGCGUGACGUUGUUCUGCUUGUGUUUCCUGGCUUGUUGUGGGGCGUGUUGCAGGUGGAGGCUCUUCCUCAUCUUUUACUGUGUCUGCAUGAUUCUGCUGAUCCUAGCUGUAGCGACUGUAGGUGGACUGUUCCUUGCCACAGACUCACAGCUGCACGCCAGCAUCAAGGCACAGCUACAGCAACGUGUCCACGACGACUACAAGGGCCCCGACAGCAGCGACAUCUUCACCCUCGCCAUCAACAUCCUCUCCUACUCAAUGCAGUGUUGUGCGAUGGGAGGCCCCGACGACUUCAACGACAGCGCGCCAUGGACCAAGUACACCUACGAAGGUAACACCUUCACACUGCAGGCCUCUCCUGCUUGUUGCACUGAAGCCUAUCUGAAGGACCAGAGGUUGGACGAGUGCACUCAACGACCCUUCACCUCCAACAGAAUACACACAGAGGGCUGCUACAAGAAGCUGCUGAACUUAAUCAACGAUCAGCAACCCUGGACAAUCCUGGGCCUGGUGGGCGUUGUCCUGCUGCUGAUUGUGCAGGUCAUAAUAGCCAUUGUGUUGACAAAAGACAUAGGAGACAAGAAGAUCUCCCCUGUUUAAGAUUCUCCCUGUAGAAGAUCUCCCCUGUAGAAGAUCUCCCCCGUACGAAAUCAAUCAACAAUGCAUGGACCGUCCUCACCGUACAUUUGUCGCCACUCACUUCCUUCCGUAACCUACAAAGACGGACCUUCUCCCGGAAUUGCACGGUUUGGUCUUGAUUCUGGUUGCCGCCUAACCGAGUUAUCUCCCUUGUGAUUAAAGGCCUUUUGCCAAGACUACGUUUGAAUGCAAGGAUAUUGAACGCCCAAUUGUAAAUACACAAAAGUUUUAUUUUUCUAAAUUAGCAUGGCGUUGUUUAGAUGCUUCAGCAUCCUGACGCUGAUUGUUGUGUAAUAGAAAUACGCGUUAUUGUUGUGUACCAUACCAUGUAAACAGCAUCUCCGCCGAUUGUCAUUUAUGUUCAUAGAGUGGAACCGAACAGGGAAUAAUUCAACCGACACAGUUACGUUGUUUUCAACCAUUUUGAAUUUUAAAUGUUUGAUUUAAAACCA